AUGGCGUUCCGGGCCUCUCAGACCAUGCGCCGAAGGCAGUGGGAGAAUCCGCAGAACUGGACGCUCAGCAUUGACGAGUGGGACCGGGUGCUGACUUUCUGCCAGGAGCAAGAAGCGUACCAGGUUUUCAAGAGCCACGGUAAGAAAUAUGUCAACAUGUACGACUUGAACCAAGAGUACGUGAAGCCAUGGACACGAGGCGAGGGCUGCGGCGUUGCAGUCAUGAUGAGUCAAGAGCGUGAGGAUUCUGCGCAGCUGAUGCUGUCACACGCCUGGGCAGAAGAUGUCGAGGAGUGUCAGUCUGCUGUCAUGGAGCAUGUCCGUCAAGCGGCGCUGCCGAGAGAGACGGCACUGUGGUUUUGUCUCUUCGCAAAUUUCCAGGUUGGAGAUGAGAGUGGCCCCAGCAUCGAAGCCCAGCUCAGCCUAAAGCCGUUCGCCAGCGUCAUCUCCUCUGCCAGCCUGAGAAGAGGAACAGGCGGCUAUGGGCUGCAUGCCAUACACACCUCAACAGCUGACUUAUACAAACGCCUGUGGUGCGUUCAUGAAGUCGAGCGUGCCUUGAAGGGCGACAUUGAUGUGAGCACAUCCAUGUCCGACAAGUACAAGGAGCAGACUUUGCAACGACUUCAGUUCUUUCUGAGCGAGUCCUGCAGUACGAGCACUUGGGAAGACUGCAUGUGGGCAGCCAAUGUCAAGGUGAAGACGAUCCAAGCCAGGUGUGACCGCAUGGAAGAUGAGAAAAUGCUCAUCGCGGAGAUCAUGGCUACGGGCGGCUUCGAACGUAUCGAUGCAACCAUCGAGAGGUUUCGGGCUGAAACCUUUGGCCAGAACUAUGAGCUGAUGCUCAAAGCUGUCGGGCGACAUGGACAAGCGCUCAAGUUUGCCAGCUUCGCGCGCUUGGAGAGGAAACUGAUCCACAAUCUGGUUCUCACUGCAGUUCGAAGCUCGGGAUCCUCUUUGGCGCAUGCUCCUAUGGAGCUCAAAGGUGACAAGGAUCUGGUCAUCGAGGCAGUGAAGCAGAACGGCAUGGCCCUGCAGUACGCAGCAGAGGAGAUGCGCGUGGAUCGCGAAGUUGUGCUGGAAGCUGUGCAACAGCACGGCCUUGCCCUCCAGUAUGCAUCAGACACUCGUCUGCCGGGUUCUGCCUUGCUGGAUGACUCGGUGGUGCUGGCUGCCGUGGCGCAGGAUGGUGAGGCUUUCCGCCUGGCACCGGACAGCAUGAAGAAGAACCGCCGGAUCAUGGAAAAGGCUGUCACCACCAGUCCAAAGGCACUGCAGUACGUUCCGCACGAACUGCAGAAGGAAGCCCUGGAAGUGGUGAAGAGCUCACCCGAGGCCGUCGCACAGCUGGAGCGGUCAACGACGAUCGCGGGUAUUGUCAUCCAAACAGAGCAACAGGUUGAGCGGAUGGAAGAGAUAGCGGUGACUCGCAGGCAUGCAGAAGUGGCCGAGAAGACCCAAGAGCGGUUGCAGCAAGCCAUCAACCUGAUGAAAAGCGUGCGACCGCAUGUGGCGACGCAGAAGCCAAAGCGCGCAAUACGGCUGAUGCUGCAGGGCCUGGAAAGUCUUUUUCAGAGUACGCAGGAUCCAUCCGCGAUAACAAGGGCUCGCCUUGCGAUCGAGAAACAGUUCAACACCACGACAGAUGAAGAGAAGAUGGAUUACGUGGAUGUGCUUCUGGAUAGAGACGUUGCUAUCCACCCGGCGCUGAAGAGCUCCCUCUUCAACUGCCUGGCUGAGUACAAGUCACAGCUUACCAGCAAGGCCGGUGUGCAAGCUGACUCCUCGCCGUCUUCCCAUCCUGUCAGGCGGUACAGCAUGCAGGUGCCAAAGUUAGAGCCUACGCCCUCCAUGGAAUCCGAGCGCUCUGACCGCCACACGGGCUCCUCCAUGACGCCUUCGGCCACGCCUGACUUGGUUGCCUUCACCAUGUCUGGAACUGCGGAUGGCCAGACUGAGCGUUUUGAGAAGCCGUGGCUGAUGACCUUCAUCAUGUUUGUUUCAAUGACGCUCGCCUUGCCCUUCGAUCGUGGCAUGUGGGCUGGCAGCAAGCCAGGGCCGCUGCUCGGUGGCCAGGUCGUCGAUCACUGGCGACAGAAGGUGAUCAAAGUGAUGUACCCCGCAUUCUUUGACAUCUUGGCUACUGGCCUCUGCUGUAUGGGCUUUCUGUACAUCCCUGCAAGCGUGUGGCAACUUCUCCGAGGGGCCGAAAUCGUCUUUGCCGCGAUCUUUGCAGUGACCUGCCUCCACCGGCGCCUCUACUGUUUCCAGUACAUCGGCCUUGCGUUCUGUGUGGCCGGCAUCUUCUUGGUAGGACUGGCAAGUGUCUGGAGCGACGAUUUGCAGGCAGCGGCGAAGGGCAAGGGCUCAGGCAACGUUCAGCUUCUCCUCCUGGGAAUCUGUCUUGCGCUUGCAGGUCAAGUAGUCCAGGCGGCUCAGGCGGUUGCAGAAGAAUGGCUGCUGCGGGACGUUGAUCUGCCUGGCCUGCAAGUUGUGGGCUUUGAGGGGGUCUGGGGUGCUUUGGCCAUGCUAGUAUUUGUCUUCCCAACCCUGUACAUGCUUCCUGGGCAAGACCACGGGCAUGCGGAAGACGAGGUCAAUGCAUACCAGUUGCUGAGGAGCAACUCCACACUAUGUACCCUGAUGGGAUUGUACAUCUUCUCCUGUGCCACCUACAACAUCUCCGGGAUAGCAGUUACUGGCGCGCUCUCUGCCGUGCACCGGGUGAUGAUAGAGGCACUUCGAACUUUGAUUGUAUGGGCCUUUGGACUGAGCGUCCACUACCUGUACGAUAGCAAGUCAGCUCUAGGAGAGGUCUGGACGCCCUACAGUUGGCUGGAGGUGGCAGGUUUCCUUCUCCUGGUGAUCGGGCAGGUGAUCUAUGGCGCAAUGGUGAAGAUACCGCGGCUGUACUACCCGCCCUCAGAGGAGAUCUCCCACGAUAUUGUGGCAUCUCCGGGGUCUCUGAGAAACUUGAGCGCUGUGCCGCAUGGUCGGCUAGUGAGCCCGGGCUCAAACGAUGGACUUGCUAUAAGCCCCAUUGCGCUAAGCCCCUGA